AUGUUGCCCCCUACUUCGAUAUACGCAGAGGAGGACAAGAUGAACGCUGUCAUGGGCCUGAUGCACCCGGCCUAUCGCCUACAAUACCACCGCCAGACCUACGGCGACGACGAGUACCAGGUCAUGCUGCCUGUGUCGUCCACGCUGGAGGAAGAUGACACGCUGCUACCUCCUCUCCCCGUGGAUAGUCAGGCCGGCGCUCCUAAAAAACUCGGGCCGAAGAAGUUCAAGAGGAUCCCGGGGCGCGGGGACAAGUAGGCGUCGUCGUCAUUCAACACGCGAGUUCCUGAACUCGGCCCGGCUGCAUCCGGAACCACGGCGGCUCCCUCUCUGUCGCGGGGGGGUGCCACGGCGGCUCCCACUCUGUCACAGGGGGGUGCCACGGCGGCUCCAUCUUUGUCACAGGGGGGGCGUGCGGGCGGAUCGGUCAUGGUCGGGGGGAUGUUGAUCAACUUGACACGCUGAGUGCCGGCCGCCGAAUGACGACCUGUGUUGUUGCCGUUUUUUCCGUGCCAUGCACUCCGCGAUGUUUUAUUUUCGUGCCAUACACUCCCCAGUGAAGAAUCGAGGAUCGCGGGCCUUGACACUCAUCUAGCCGACGACCAAAUGGGUGAUGACGAUGGUGAAAAAUGGUGGGCAGGGAGGUUUUUAGGAUCUUUGACACUUUCGUCUUUCUUUCGCUUUCGUGUUCCCUGCGGGGAAGUAAACGAGCGUGUCGUGUUCAGAUGUAGAGGUCGGAACCCUUUAUUUUGGUGUGCCAUUCGAGGUCCUUGCGAGGGGAGGCGGGCGAGGAGGGCGGGGCGGCCACCACUUUCCUUUGAGUGUGUUCCCAAGUUUAUGUUUGGUUUUUCCCGACUUCACCUCUAAUAAUGUAGCUAGCUGUCGAUUCGCAUUUUUCUGCGGAAACCGACGCGUAAGUGUUGAAUCGAGGCAAAGCAACUGGUGUGUUCCACAACGCCAAAUUCAUACUAUAGUCUACUAUGUAUGAUUGACUACCUAAUCUGCUCAAAAGGUCAUUCAUACACGAUGGAUCAUUUUCUGAGGACUCCUGUGACACAUGAACGCAGCAUGCAGCCUUUUAACUCUCGCCUAAAACACCUGCAUGACUCUCAUCUGCAUUGUGAAUUGAGGAUACUACACCACAAUUAUAUCUUCAAGAUAACAUCUACCUCUACUCAACAGUGAUGGUGACGACGCAAGGCACUGAGCCUGGGACCGAGUCGACCGAAUCGGACGUUGACGGUUGUUGGUGCACGCCACCGCCGUGCGGUCGAUUAACACCCAAACAUGCACGCACGGAAAGAAGACGGAAAUACACAGCACCUGGCACAACCAAACAGGUAUGCAUAAUGGCCGUAGCUCCGUGCUCCUAGCUGCCUGGUAAAAUCCCUUGCGGAGCAGUGCGUCCGCGGAGCAGCGCAGAGUGUGUGUGUUUUUAUUAUUAGCAUCGACCGCGCUAACCGGCUGACCAAUGAAAAGACGUCAGUCUUAGUGCGGUUGAAAACACAAAACACUUCUAUCUACCAUGAACUGGGNCGGAUCAAAGACAGAAAUAGCAGCAACAGAAGAAAACUGCACGUGUCUACCAAGGCUACUACCUUGUACUCGAGUUCUUUUUGGAGUACUUUCACCAUUAUCCUCCUUGUGUUCGCUACCAUCAUUCUGAUCCUCAUUUUGACAAGAAUCCCUGGGCAGUUCUUCCCUAGUCCUACGUUUUUUUUGGGGGGGAAGGUCAUCUGGCUCAAACUCUUUGCUCUCUUCCACUCCUCCAUGUUUUCCUCCUCCAUCGUCGUCUUCGUCCUCCUUUCUUCCCUUUCUCUUUCCUUCGUCUCCGUCGCUCCCAGAAGAAUUACCCUCAUGUCGCAAAGAUCCCAACCGAUUGACCCUGGUGGAAGUUGGUCGAUCAGUAGUCCACGACGUUUGAACACAUCGCGAGUUCGCAUGGACAGAAAACGAGCUAGCUCGAAGGUAAACCGUCUCCGAAUCCUGUUAGUAUGAAAAGCUUUCAGGCGGACUAACGCUCCUUCGUCGUCAAAAUUCCCCCGGCAAAAAGCUUCGUGCGCUAAGUGGUUGGCGAUAGCAACGAUGAGUCGAUUGGUGCCUUCGCCAAGACCACCAUUCGUUGAAAAAGCAGCGGUAAGGAGGGUAGAUCUAGACGGGUUGAAAGUUCCCGCAUAGUGAUUUGCCUUACUUGCGGCUCGAUCUUCGAGGGCGGAUCCUGACUUUUGCAUCGACUUGUCGAUGCUUCGACCUGCGGAUGGGUUGACGAUUGUUACGUCUAUAAGAAUUUACUUGGUGCAGAGUUCCUCUUCCUUCUCUCCUGCGUGCAAUCCUGGGGGGAUCACCAAAUCCAUCUUAUAUAACCCCUUUUCCCUACCAGUGCCUGUGGUAAAAGGGGAAGAAUCCUCAACGGCGAUGCGCAUAUGGCACUCACGCAGUGUCUUGAGGAUUACGCAAACCAUCCUGUUAUGGAGGAAGGUUGAGGCGCCUGUCUUGGUACAGACGAGGGGGUGGGCUCGGCUCAAGCGGUCCUUGCAUGGUAACGAUGCACCUGCAUGCACACCACAAUUUUUUCCUGUGUCGCAGUCUGCUCGAUCGUGACUCCCCAGUACACGGCCGAUUGACUCUCGAUAUAGAUCAGGCAGUAUUCUUUCAUCUUCUGACAGCCCUUGCGUUGUCACCCACGACAAAACUCCCUUGCCUUUCGAUUCCUCCAAGCGGAUCAAUGCUCUCUUCUUUGACAUUUCCUCGUCUGCUACCUUCUCCAAGUCUGUCUCCACCAUGUGACGCACUGCUGCAUGAAAAGGUUUCGAAAGGAGAGCUUGGGCUCCAAAGGCUUGGUAGUGUUGACCAUAUUCAUUUCGGUUGUAGGUAGACGGUGGUUGAUGUUCUGUGUCAGGGUUUCCAUCUUCACUGGGUUUUCCCGCCUUCCCUGCUUCCAACAGGUAAACUCCUUUUAGGGCGGGGGUUGACUAAUCACUUGUGGCAAGUUUAGCCCAUGACUGCCCAACAGCUUUUUCAAGCUUGUCUUUGGUGAUGAUCUCCUCUAGCUUCUUGAGUGAGUCAAUUAAAACCAAUCCCGUCGGUAGCUGGGCAAGCCGGGGUAGACAUUGCUCAACUGUGUAUCCUGUCGAUUCUUGCACUGACUUGGAGAACACCAGUGCUUGCCCUUCCGCAAAAGCCGAUUCUCGAACGAGAUCAUUGCUCGUGAUUCGUAGUCCUCCUUCACGCAUGGGUAGGUGCACCUGUGCCCGAGCUGUCCCUUCGAAGAAAUAUACCUCCUCGCUCUUCGUCGGGUCUGCGCAUACUUCUUUGUCCGUUGGUAUUCUCAUGCUGUCGGCCAUCUUGCCAAGGACGAUCUUACUCAUUGCCCACAUCAUCAUGUUGUCAUGUUUUCUAGCGGCAGAGUUGGUGAUAGACGGUGCAAUCGUCCUCAGCAGAUGAAACAAACGUGGCACAACAGAUAAACGUAGUAGUUGACAGCUGGCUUGGGGGUCGUCAAGCGUUACUAGGCGGAGCAUCAAUUCCGCCGGGUCACCAUGGGCGAUUUUGGACAUGAAAUUCCUCUGGAACUCUUUUGUCCCUGCUGGGAUCCCGACUACUGGCAUGCCACCUUCAGCAACUGACAGACCAAUUUUCGUCAACUGUUGCUGUUGUCGUUUGUCAAAGAGGACAUGCAAAGACGCUCCGGGAAAAGCACUUUGGAUUUCGGGAGACUGAGCUCAAUCCCUUUUUGGGAGAGAAAUUCCUGAAUCCAAUUCGUUACAGUGGAUAUGGCCUGCAUGUUCUUAGCCAAACCUGGUGGAAGAUGUGCUUGGAGGUCGUCGACGUAUCCGAUGAGUUUGACUCCUGGCACAGAUGGCUUGUUGUU